GGGACGGGUGCAGCGGGUAUCGUAGUCACAUCAGAUCAGGACGCGCACCAAGCGACAUCUCAGCCUCUGGCCGCCUGCGCUGCAGGGACUGCGUGUGAUUGGCUCGGGACACAUGGCGCGCGGAGCGGAUUGGGGUGCUCUCACAAUGCUGCAGACAUUACUCCUGCUGAGCCUCUCCCUUCAGCUGAUGGAUGUCGCUUUGGGUCAGGAGAGCUGUUUGGAGCAGAGAGAGGCUCUGAAAACCCUGCGGCAGCUUCAGAAACUUCUCACGGAGCACGAAACGUCCAACCAGCGGGGGCUGAAAACCCUGAACCGGAGACUCACUCGGCUGAGAGACCUCCUGACCAAAGGAGACCCCGCAGAGAGCUGUCCUCGUGUAAAGCCCCCCCGUCACGGGCGCAUACUGGGAGGCAAAACAAAAGCUGGGCAUGAGAUCCACGUCGCGUGUGACCCCGGCUUCCAGCUUCUGGGCUCCGAGACACGGACCUGCCUGGCCAACCGGACGUGGAGCGGGGAGCCGGCCGCCUGCGCAGAACCGUCUCCCGCAACAAACAGCUCUUCCCUUCGCCCAGCGAAAUGCUCCUCGCUCCCCGGUGGCCAGCGCUGUACCUGUGAUCCCGGCUACCUGAUCCAGCCCGGCGCCCUGUGCCAGGACGUGGAUGAAUGCAGUCUGUUCCAGAGCCGCCGGGCCGGUUCCAGAAUCUGCGUCCAUGAGUGUGUGAAUACCCCGGGCUCGUUCCGAUGCGUGUGUCCGCAGGGCUAUGUCCCGGAGCCGGAGCAGAAUAGCUGUAAAGACAUAGACGAGUGUCUGGCAGAGCAGCCUCCUUGCGCCGGGCCGGAGAAAUGCGUUAACCUGUUUGGGGGGUUUGUUUGUGUCGACCCGGAGUGCCCCAGACCCAGGCAGAACACAAGCUACAUCAAGACGUCGGCCCGAAAGUGCGAGCGGACCCCGUGUCCCAUGGGGAGCAGCAGCUGCACGGACGCCCCCCAUUCCAUCUCCUUCCACUACCUCGCGUUGCAGUCGCAGCUUCCCGUCCCGAGGGUCUUGUUCACCAUGAGCGCCCAGAAGUCGUCGGGCAGCAGCCAGCGCUUCUCCAUCGUCAGGGGCAGAAGUCAGCGGGGAUUACUGGUGCGGCCAGCCGGCGGCCACCGCGGGGAGCUGGUCCUGGAGCGCUCGCUCACUGGCCCCGCAGAGCUGCAGCUGGACGUGGAAAUGGCAGAGAUGUCCCCCCACGGAGUGCUGGGCAGACACGUCUUUUCUCUCACCAUCUUCGUAUCCCAAUACCCGUUCUGAGCGAAGCGGGCACGGCCCGCGGGGGGCCGAAGGUCCGAGUGCCCCCAGUUCCAGCUGGGCUUUGUACUCGUGCCCCGGGUAGGUUAAGGCGUUCGGGGGGCCCGGUAAGCGAUUUGGCUGAAUCCGUAGAACCGCAGUGAAGGAAUGCGUCUCGGCGUCGCAUUUCUGUGCUUAUUUGUUCUGCUUUGAAUAAACGGCUGGCAGCCUGGUAAAUAAACAUGUUUACUCUGUACAGACGCUGGGGCCGGCCUGGGGCCGACCUGUACGAUGUUUACAGGAAUCUCUGCUGCAGCAAAUCAUGAAGGUAACGAGUA